UUUUAAUUGUUUUAGCCUAGAUUCUGAUCAUGAUUUCAACGUGACACAAAUCUUGUUAUAAUUAUAAUCAAGAUGAUGAAUCCAUUUAAACAAUUACCUGAAUUAAAGAAACAUUACCAUGGUUAUAGUGAUGGGAACCACAACAAUAGAUCGUUUGGCCAUAGAUGCCCGGAAGAAAGCGACGAUUGCCCACGUAUCCGAAAUCAGCCUCUAAAAAACCAUACUUAUAUGAUGACGAUUCAAAAGCAACGUUCGGAACAUUUGUUUCAAUCGUUAGAGCAGAAGCGUUUGGAUCGAUCGUUUACGAUUCGAUUGCCACGAUUCAUGGAUAUUGGCAAAUAUAUAACCUGUAAUUAUUUUUAUGAAACAGCUGCUCGUUUCAGUUCGGAUGAACGGAGGCGUAGUUUUUAUAAAUCAUUGAGAAUUGGCGACAAAUUCAUUGCCAAAGUAAUGCACAUCUAUAAUCGUAAUGCUGAAGUUCUUUUGGUUUGGUCAUACAAAAGAGAUAUUCAUGAUCUAAGAUUGAAAGCUAAUCUGCGAUUGGAACCACAUCUUCGAACGUCGAAAUCAAACCGAAACUUUAAUAAUGAUAAUGAUGACCAGAAUAUAGAACGAUCAGAAUUGAUUAAUGUCGAAUUGAUCGAUUUCGAACAUAUUUCUUAUCAUCUGGACGUUAUACGUUGUGGACCAAAUGAAAAAUAUGGACACAGUGAGGAUUUGGAUGAAAUCGAUGAGACAGCAAUUCGUCAUGGGCGAUAUCGUACGAUUGGACCUGAUCAACAAUCUUUUUAUGAUUAUAUGAUGGAUCACAAUGACUUGAGGAAUCCAUCGUUGGUCAAAUUACAUCCAUUUACUUCAAUGAAAAAUUUCGAUCACGUAAUCAACUGUCUUGAAUAUAGGAAUGAGAUUAAAGCACAAAAAUUGCGAAUAAAUUACGAAUCAACAAUAAUUGCUCAUACUAGCAAAGCAAAAAUUACUCCUUCAGACAUUGAACAAACACCGAAAACCGUUUCAGAUAUCGUUAAACUGAAUUUUCCAGAAUCAUCCUCUCAAAAACGAUCUCGAUCAUCAUCUACGACAUCGACAUCAAGUGAUUCCGAAUCAUCAUCCUCAUUAUCAUCUCAUGGCCAUCACAGACAUAGGCGAUAUAAAUCAAAAGAUGGCAAUGUAAGCAACCAUAAACAAACAAAAAACAAGAAACGACACCAUCAUAAAACAAAGAAAUCUCGGCACAAUCGUAUAUCGGAUUCAUCAAGCGAAACAGAAUCGAGAAAAAGUCAUAAAAGAAAAAAAAGAAAGAAAAAGAAAACAUCAAAAUAUUCGAAACAUCGUUCCAGAACAAAUAACAAUGACAACCGGAUUGAUGAUAAAAUAUUGCAACUAUUGAAAUUUACUUGA